UUGAUUUUGGAUAGGUGGGAGGGAUUCAGGCUAAAAUCGGUAGCCUUUGUCCAUAGGUUUCCUGCUCAAUUGUACUGCUGUGUCCAGUGGCUGUUGCUGUUAUAAACACAGUGGUGUUUGUCAGAAAAUUCUGUCUUCGUGUUAUGUUUCCAGUGUUUGUUUAAUAUUCAUGGCCUCUUCCAAUAAUUGUCUUUAACAAGCAGUGAGUUGUUGGAAGGACAUUGGCUUACAAUUUUCAAAUCUGUGCAAUGCUGUUAUACCUGAAUAAAGUGAGCACAGCUUGGAGGGUAACUUCAGUGCUUAAAACUUACUAAACCAGAGGUGUGUUUCACUUGUUGUGUUCAAGUGUGUGUAUAGGCAGCUCUUGUGCUUGUGACUUCCUGCAGUUAGAUUUGUGGGACUGAUGAGCACCUAUACUAAAACUUGAAAGCAGACCUCUCUUCUCUCUGAAGCUAUCCUGCAGAAUGCCAUCUGUGAGGCUGAUGCUGGAAAGCAGCAAGGUGGCCAGCUUAUAGAUCUCACAGGGUGCUUUCUCAGUGUCAGCAGUCACGUAAGAACUUGAGGUUACCAAAAUCAAUUAACCUUAAUGAUCUUUUUGGCUUGUGGUUCUGAUUGGUGGUUUCAUUCUUCUGUCCUUGGUGCAAUCCAGCAGCACAUGUUGCUCACACUGAACUUUACCUUCCCUUCUGGGCUUUGUAUUUGUGAUUAAAAUUGGGCUAAAUCUCCAAGUCAGGAAUGUGCUUAGACGUGUAAGUCUUAGUCUUAUUAUGAGUGGAAUGACUUAUCCCCAAAGAGUCUCAUUUUCCUUAAAGUACCCUAUUUCAUUCUCCAAACAAGAUUUUGUCUCUUCCCUGUGGAGUGAUGGGAGUGCUAUGUGGAAUGGCUGCAGGGGUCAUUGAAACCAGGAGUCCUGCUUCUUUGGAGGUUGCCACCUACGGCUGUAGAGAGGAGGAAUGCAUUGGACACUUGUCUCCUGAAACCAGCAUUUGAAUCUUUACUGGGAGCAAUUUUUUCGUUUAGCCCUUUCAAGACUGCAGAACUGUGGCCUUCCCAGUGAAGAAGACAGCAUUGCCUGUCGACGGUGUGUUGUGGUUGGUAAUGGAGGAGUACUUCGAAAUAAGACAUUAGGGGAGAAAAUUGACUCAUAUGAUGUCAUAAUAAGAAUGAAUAAUGGCCCUGUGAUAGGGUACGAAGAGGAUGUUGGGAGGAGGACGACUUUCCGCCUUUCUUACCCGGAAUCCAUCUUCUCAGAUCCCAUCCACUACGACCCUAACACCACUGUUGUUCUCAUUGUCUUCAAACCACGGGACUUGAAGUGGCUUUGGGAGAUACUUGGUGGUCAGAAGAUAAGUGCGAAGGGCUUUUGGAAGAAACCGGCUCUGAAUAUGAUCUACAAAUCGAGUCAAAUCAGGAUUCUUGAUCCCAGCAUCACCAGGAAAACUGCUUAUGAGUGGCUUCAUUUCCCAACAAGGUUUCCUAAGAAGGAGAAACCCAAGCAUCCAACAACGGGGCUAAUUGCCAUUACACUGGCAUUUCACAUAUGCCACGAAGUCCACCUGGCAGGCUUCAAGUACGACUUCACUGACAGAAAUAGUUCUUUGCACUACUAUGGCAAUGAAACCAUGUCUCAGAUGAUGCAGAAUGAAUACCACAACAUCACUGCUGAGCAGAAAUUUUUGAAGAAGCUUAUAGACAAGAACUUUGUGGUCAAUUUGACGUGAAAGCUGAAUGGAAAACACAAAGAACAAUCACUAUUUUCAAGAUUUGAAAAAUUUUUAUUUUUUGUAUGACAUUUUUAUUUUUUAAGUGCAGCAUAACUGUUUAAAGGAGCCCAGAAACCUCAUCAAGGCAAAAGCUUCUAUGCCUGAGGAUAAUGGACUAUUGCAAACAGAGUUAAAUGAAUUUCUGUGAAGCUAUUUAAUAGUGGGAAAACCAUGAAACUUUCAAUUGAAAGUAUCAGGGAUAUAUAAAAACGUGAUGCACAUCACUUACUUACCAGUGAGAACUCUUCUCAAAUGGUUAAUUCUCUGGAAUACUUUUGUUUCUGAUGUUGUCCUCCAAAAGAGUUCCACUGUCAAGAGACUGAGAUGACUGGUGUUCAAUCAGUAGGUGGAUGUAAAGUCAUGAAUAUCUGUCUCGUAUGAAAAUGGCUUUAAAACUAUGCAUCAGAAUCAUUACUGUGAUUGGACAAGGGGGAACAUAAGACUCUGCAGGUCUUGUUCUGCCAUACUCCUGAGGAGAGGAUGUCCACCUUCAGCCAAGCAUCCACAGCUUCUGCACUGACCAUCACCUCUGAGCUUCUGUCUGCCUCUGCCGAAGUUGAAGACCCUCGGUCCAAUUUGUGGAGUUGUUGGUGUUGACAGUGCUUAUGUUGUACCCAUUUUAUGGAAAAAUCAUACUCCCUGUGCUGUGCAUCCAGUAAAUUCUACACUUGCUGACUUGACUUAAAAAGAGGGAAUAUGAAGACUGAAGAGCUGUCCGAACUUCCUGCGUGUCAGCUCCCAGACCACAGCAGAAACACAAGCUUGGACAGAGAUGUUCAUGCCUGAGUUUAGAGUCAAUGGUUGUUGGAGUCCUAGUUCUCCAUGACAGCAUCUCAUGUAUUAUUUUGUUUGCUCCUCAAAAACAGGUGGAUUUUUCCAAACAAGGACAACCUCCUUCCUCAGAUGCUGUAAUACAUUAAUACAAGCAAGGAAUACUCCCAUUCUUGGCAGUAGGGUGUGGUAGGGAGUAUCCAGGAUGUACCUCAGCUGAAUUAUCAUUUGGCAUCUGUUUACCUCUUUUGUCUUGAUAUUUAAGUUUCAAGUGCGUGGCUGAACUAAAUCAUUUAGUAAUAGGAACUUAAUUGACAUUUUAAUUGAAACAUUUAAUGGGAUGUCUGUUUCCUGUAUUGGUUUGUCUCUGACAAGCCUAUGAAUAAAUUAAAUCUUCCUGGGAAGGCGCCUGACAACUGUCAAAGAACAACAGUAUGCUGUUCCAGUUCUCUCACAGGACACCUGUGUAAAGUUUUUAUUUUAAUUAUGGCAGAAUUCCUGGAAGAUCUUGUGGUUAUCUUUAGCAAUCAUACCUUAAGAAGGCAAAAAUAAGUCCACUUAAAAAAAGUCUUUGAAGUUGGUAGGAAUACCAUUGUUGCUUUUAAAUAAAAUUAUAUAGAGGGUACAUUUAGGAAUAAUGCAAACAAUUGCGAUACGAACAUAAACCAUGGUAUUUGUUAUUUUCAGAAGCUGAGAAUUUCAGGAGUACUGAACACAACUUAUUUUGCUGCAGCUAUAUAGAGGAAUAAGCAUUGAAGUAACCAAAGAGUCAUCUUUCUUGUGGGGUGCAGCGGUACUUAAAAAAAACCCAACAAAACCACAAACACCUUCCCAUAGUUCUCGUUUCCAGCUUUAGCUCCUUGGCUCUUCCAUUUGGGAAUUAGGGAGGGCAGUAUGGUCUGGAGAGGUGCCAAAGCUGAAGGAGAGGAGGCUUGUGUUUCCACUCAGUGAUUCCUGAGCUUUGGUCUAUUUCCAGCAAGCUGGACAUAUCUGAAAUAACUCAAGAUGUCAGAAAAAUCUGUUGCAUGAGGUGGGUAAGGAUGCAGGUGUGUCCCAGCAAGGCACAGGGUGUGCCAUGGUGUCUUGUCUGCUGUGUGUCCCAUGGGUGCAAUUGCACUCCAGCUGUGUGCAGGGUGGCAGGUGGGAGUGUGGAGGAGAGGGGAGAGUCCUGGGGCACUGGAAUAGGUGACUCUGGUGUUGGAAAUGGAGGAAAUCACAGUUUCUUCACCAUCUGGCAGAAGGGCUAUUAACUUCUUGUAAUCUUUAUUUUUUCCCAAGACUUUGAAGAGGUCUUUGCUUGAAAAUCUGAAUACAAACAAGUGGGGUUUCACUUAAGAAAAUAAUGACAGUAUUGUCUUUGUCGCUACCAGUAUUUAAUUCUCCUGGUUAUUUCACUUAAUUGAAAAGGUUUGUAUGUGAUUCUGCAGCCCCAGAUGUACAGUGAUUUAAACUCCUGACAAUAAUAAUUCCACCUGCAAAAGUUGCUGUGGCAAGGCUUUUUGCAGACACAGUAGUGUUUUCCAAGCUGUUGCUGUGGAGGAGCCCCUGGUAGAUCUUGGACUGUGUUGAGAGCCAAGGCUGGCAGAAGUGGGGGGCUGCCCCUUCACCCUCAAAAUUCACAAUUGCUUCCAGAGCUGGCACCCCCAGCUCUCCCAGUGGUUGCUGCCACGGUCCAGCUGCAUCCAUGUAACAGCCUAAAGGAUUCUGUGCAGGAGGAUAUUUUUCCCAGGAGAACUGUUGAAUUUGUUUCAGACACUGUGAGGAGAGUUCUUGUGAUGGUACACGCUGCAUCCCUCUCCUUCUCCACCCCUGUCUCCAGUUCCAGGAAGUGGGUAGGGAGUUCUGCUGUUGAAGAUAUGGUUAUUUUCUCUGCUUUAUUUCUUCUCCAGAGGUACUUUUCUCACUAAUCUAAACUGAUUCCUUCUCCAGUUUUUCUAGUAGGUUUUCUGUUUUUUGUGGGGGGUAUGGGAUUUGGAUUCUAGCUAUAGCAGAACAAACAAAAUAAUGGAAACAAAAAAAGCAGCUUCAUGGCAAAAAAAUGGUGUCUCCCAAACUCUUUGUACUUAAAAAAAAAAAUUCCUUUAUUCUUUUUCACUGUCGCCACAUCAACUUUUUGAUUUCCCUAAAAUAUUUUUCUAAAAUAAUGUUUGGUGUUCUCGAUGAAUUUAAUAUGUUCUCUAAAAGCAUUUGUCCAUAUCAGCUGUUCCUUUUUAUAUCCUAAUAAACCUUCCCAUUGUAUGACUGACUUAUUUUUCAAAUUAAGCAGUAUUUUCAGGGAUAUUUUUCUCCCACUUCUGUGCUCCUGCCAGGGGCAUAAAGUCUACCAUAGGUACUGUCCCAGGGUGACUGGGUAAUAUUUUGAAUGAAACCCAUUCCCUCAGGAUCAAGCCAAAAGCUAAUGCUGCUUUUAAAUCAUGUGGUUUUUUGUUUGGUUGGUUGUUUUGUUUCAUUUUUUUUUUUUAGUUUUGUUUUAUUGUUGUUUUUGUUGUUUUUUUUGUUUGGGUGUUUUUUGCUUGGUUUGUUUUGUUUUUUUUUUUGAUUGUCCAGUUUGCAGGCCAGUAGCAUCUCUCCUCAGUAAUAAGUCUCCUCAGUAAAGCUAGGUACUGACUUUUUUUUCCCACAAGAUGUUUUUUAGGAUCCUGUGUACACCAGCUCUGCUCCACCACCUGCUUCACACACAUCAUUCUUGAUACUCUGCCUCGAGGAUGAGUCUUGCUUUGGCACUAAGUUCAUCCAGGCAGGAACACCCACGUGUAGUGUUUCCCAGCAGUGCUCACAGGUUACACUUCUAUUCUGCCUGAGCACACAUUUUCACAGGUGUUUUGGAGUACCAAAGACUUGGCUUGGGGCUUUUAGAAUAAAACAAUAAUGCUAACACCAAAUAUUUAGAUAGUUUCUGAGUGUGGGCUGCUAUUAAGACUUUCUUUUUCCCUUUUGCCAUUCCUGAAAAUGAAAUCUCUGCACUGAAACUUCCCUUUAAAACCUGUCCAGUCUUUUUUUUUUUUUUAAAUUACAUCGGGUGUGAAGCUGCCAGCUUUAUUUCUGUGUCUGAUAACAACCAAGUGUCUCCCAUCAUUUUUCUACCUGAAGUCAGAUGUUCUCCUCCCUUCUUAUUCUUCUUGUUCUCUGGCAGCCUGCUGAAUUUCUAGAUAGCAUCACCUUACAGCAAAGGAACUUCUGCAUUUUAUCUGCCACCCCUCUCAAAAUGCUGCACUGUCAGAAAGACACGGUUCUAAGAUACCAAACUGCGCACAGAACAGGCAGGAUGACACAAGUUGGCUGAAAGCUUUGUUUGGCACUGUCCUUAAGGAUGUUCCUUUGUUGGGAAACUGUUUUGUACUCUCCUAUAAUAAUUAAGAGAAGUCACAGACUAUUGCAUUAAAUGUGAAUCUGAGAGUGCCUAAGAGGUGUUACUGAGCAACAUUUCCAGUGACUAUACAGGUGAUAAUAAUAAUACAGAAUCUCAACUUUGGUGUUUAAUUAGCAUGUGGUACUUCUUGUUUCCAGUGCCAUACUUUCCUUUUUAGCAGUGCUCUGGGGGAGAGUAUAAAUACUUUCACUUUUAAGUGGAUUCUGAUUUUUAAGAUCAUACAAAGCUCAACAUAUGUUUUUGGUAUUAGGAAAUACUUAUUUUAUUUGCCACUUGUCUUAAGUUUUAUAUGCCUUUAAAGUGCCACCUGUAUUUUGAAGAAUUCUUACAGUUGUUUCAAGUGAAAUUUUGAAUUCUACAAAUGGAAGGAGAUUAUUUUCCUGUGAAUAAACUGUUAAAGACAGUG